AACCCCCAGUACGAGGGCACCUUCAUCUUCCCAAAUGACUUCCCUGCGCUGCAGCCUGAUGCUCCUGAGCCUGGUGACAGUGAUCACCCACUGUUUCGAGCAGCAGCAGCCCGAGGUGUGUGCAAGGUGAUGUGCUUCCCCCCCUGGUCUGACCUGACACUGCCCCUCAUGUCCCUGGCAGAGAUCCGGGCCGUCAUCGAUGCAUGGGCAGAGCUGGCUGCCGAGCUGGGUGCCUCCUACCCCUGGGUGCAGCCUUUCCAGAACAAGGGAGCGAUGAUGGGCUGCUCCAACCCGCACCCUCACUGCCAGGUGUGGGCCAGCAGUUUCCUCCCGAACGAGGCGCGCCUAGAGGACCGGACCCAGCGGCAGCACCUGAGCCAGCGCGGUGUGCCCAUGCUGCUGGAGUACGCUGAGCAGGAGGCUCACCGGAAGGAGCGACUGGUGGUGGAAAAUGCGGACUGGUUGGUUGUGGUGCCAUACUGGGCUACCUGGCCCUACCAGACCCUACUGCUGCCCCGUCGCCAUGUCUGCCACCUCCAGGACCUCAAGGAGGGCGAAAGGGACAGCCUGGCCUCCAUCAUGCAGAGGCUGCUCAUCAAGUAUGACAACCUCUUUGAAGUCUCCUUCCCCUACUCCAUGGGCUGGCAUGGAGCCCCCACAGGCCCCUACCUGGAGGAGGACUGUGGGCACUGGCAGCUCCAUGCCCACUACUACCCCCCGCUGCUCCGCUCCGCCACCGUCCGCAAGUUCAUGGUGGGCUACGAGAUGCUGGCGCAGGCACAGCGGGACCUCACCCCGGAGCAGGCAGCAGAGCGCCUGAGGAGCCUCCCCGAGGUGCACUACAAGCGGAGGGACAAGGAGGCGUGA